AUGGCGCUUUACCACAUCAUCUCAGUGUUCCGCAACAUGCAAUGGACCAAUACAGCAGCACGUAGUGGUAACGCAGAUCAGUUCCUCGAUGCACACCGGCAUAAUAGCGAGACGGCACACAACCCUGCAGGACAUACACUCGGCAUCAUUGGCCUCGGAAACAUCGGCUAUCGCAUUGCACAAAAAGCAUACGCCGCCUUUGGCAUGAAGAUAGCAUAUGUCGAUCCUAUUCCCAAGCCAGUGGAGCAGGAAGCCACUGUCAAAGCUGUGAGAUACUCAGACCUGGACUCUAUGCUCGCUGUCGCAGAUUGUGUGGUUAUCUCGGCCCCUGGAGGCGCAGAAGGCGGCAAGGCUCUAAUAGAUGCCUCACGCCUAGCUAAGAUGAAAGCGGGAUCUCGAUUGGUCAACGUUGGGCGUGGAAACCUGGUGGACGAGGAGGCAUUGGCUGAUGCACUACAGUCAGGGCAUCUUUUCGCUGCUGGACUUGAUGUACACUCCGACGAGCCGCAUAUCAACAAGCGUCUGGUCUCCAUGAGGGAUCAUAAAUGA